AUGUCGUGGCCGUACCAUUUUACUUCUCUCUCCGAGGACGACCAGCUGCGUCGCCAGGUGCUGCUUGAUCUUCGGGGUUUUUAUGCACAAGUCUCAUUUGUUCUGGUCAUUUCUGUCCUCCGAUUUAUUUGCCUUACUACCAAAUCAACUAACGAGUGGGAUGGCCCGGUUUCUGGAAAGACCCGACGGUACCUUGUCUGCGGGCUAUGGCUAUCGUGGCUUGUCGGUCUUGCGAUGUGGAACAGUGGUGACGACUACCUUCAUUUGACCAAAGCAUUGGGUCGAGUGGGCCUGUCUCAACUGCCACUGCAGGUACUGAUGUCUCCGGCAGACGUCUCUAACCCAACUGCCUCCUCGGCAUUGUCUGUCCUGACCGGUAUCCCUCAGCGGGCAUUGACGCCGUACCACCGUCUAUUUGGUCGGCUGGUUGUUCUUCUACUGCUGGCUCAUGCCACAUUGUAUACGCUAUUCUUCGUGCAAUCUAGCCAUCCAGAGUUCGGUACCUUGUUCCUCAAGCGGGUCCAAGAUCUUGAUGUCCAGUGGGGCAUGCUCGCGAUAUUCUCCGCAGUGCUUGUUUUCCUCUUCGUGCGGCCUACCUCCCAAAAGGGCCUCCAGGCUUGGCUCGUGCAGGGGACCAUCCAAGAGCGCAGGAAGACUUUCUACUACGGACAUGUGUCAUUGGUGGUACUGUUGUGUGUUGCAGCUUACUUCCACGUCAAGCAGGCGCAGAAGUAUAUCCUGCAGACUCUAGCUGCUUCCGUACUCAAUUGGAUAUGCUCUUCGGUGGUAGGUUAG